UUGAAGACCAGAAAUUGCAACUUACUGAAUUUUAAAUUAAAAAAAAAAAAAAAAAAUUUGCCCGGCUGUGGAAGAUGGAGCCUCAUUUUUGCAGCCACUUUGAAUCCCAAGUUCAUCUUUAAGUGCACUGGGGCUUUUGUUGGUUUUUUUUGGUUUUUUUUUUUUUGAAGAGCUAACUAACCCUGGCUGUCUGCAGUCUGACAGUACUCAAAUGGACUUGCUUCCUCCGUUAGUUGUAAGAUGUUUAAAAGCACAUCCUGUGUUUGAAUUGUGGAUGAGAGGUUCCCUUGGCAAUGUGAGGAGGAAAAUUCUUCCUACCCCUUUAUUAUUAAUUCACGGAUUCAGUGUUGGUUCGGCCUACAGGAGAAGUUAACUGGAAGUCUUUGAAGAUCAAUACCUUUGCUGAAGUUGUCCAGGGUUACUGUUAAAAAGAAGAUUUCACUGAUCAAGCCAGUAGAAGACUUUCAGUCCAAGAAAGAGUGAAGCCAGCUCUUGCCAAGAGUGGAGGAAGUCCGUGUUGAGUGAAGCCUUAGAACCUGAGCUUGUUCUGAGAAUUGUCCAUUAUGUCUAACCAAGGAGAUGACUGCUACUUCUAUUUCUAUUCCACGUGUAACAAGGGAGACAGCUGUGCCUUCCGUCACUGUGAAGCUGCUCUGGGAAAUGAAACAGUCUGCACGCUGUGGCAGGAGGGUCGCUGUUUCAGGAAUAUCUGCAGAUUCAGACACAUGGAAAUCGAUAAAAAACGCAGUGAGAUUCCUUGCUACUGGGAGAAUCAGCCUGUAGGCUGUCAAAAAUCCAACUGUGCGUUCCAUCACACGAAAGGACGUUAUGUUGAUGGACUCUUCUUACCGCCAAGCAAAACUGCGCUUCCAAGUCCGCCUGAGUCUGCAGAAGACGAAGUGAAGAUGGCUCAGAUGGCACUGCAGCAAAACAAACUUUCUGUCCAGUCAAAUCCCUCUCCACAGCUGAGAGGGGUGAUGAAAGUAGAAAACUCUGAAAAUGUCCCAAGUCCUACACAUCCUCCAGUUGUAAUCAAUGCUGCAGAUGAUGAUGAAGAUGAUGAUGACCAGCUUUCUGAAGAAGGAGAUGAAACUAAAACACCUGUCCAGCAACCAGCUCCAGAAGCCCAUAAUGGAUUGCGGAUUAUUUCCACUAGGAAAUCCAAUACUAAUACAAAGCAAGAUGAGAGUUUAAAUUUCGGAAUAAAAACACUUGAAGAAAUCAAAUUGAAGAAACUAAAGGAAAAAACGAAAAAACAAGAAGGUCCUUCAGGAGUUUCUGUACAUCCACUCCAGUCUCGGACUAUUCCUGUGCCAGAAAAGGAAAACGUACGGACAGUAGUGAGAACUGUGACCCUGUCUACAAAGCCAGGGGAGGAGCCUAAAGAUUCAGCCAAGAUUCGGGUGAAUCUUGCUGAGAGACUGGGGAGACGGAAAACCUCCAUAGCUGGUAAAAGUGUCCUUCCACUAAAGCGCAACCUUGCUGAAAGGCUGGGGAAGAAGAUGGAGAUUCUGGAGAAUGCUGACAAGGCACCAAAGAGAGUUCAAGUACCCAAGACUCUGAAGGAGAGGCUAGGAUUGCCCUCUGAACAGACCAGUACAGAGACAGAGAAGGCUGCUAAGCCAGCAGGAGAGAUCCAUGUGAAAACACUGGAGGAAAUUCGUCUUGAGAGAGCUAAUCAGAGACGAGGAGAACCUCAAGCAAAACCCCAGACUGAAGGACGUGUUAAACCAGAAGAUCCCAGCUCAGGGGCACGACCUGCCCCUGCAGUUCGCAUCAAAACUUUCUCAGGAGCCCCACCUGAAAAGAAACAGAAGCGAUUGGAAGAAGAGAAGCAGAAAACAGAAGAGUUGCUGACCAAGACAAAAGUUGAGAGUGAGCCCAAGAAGCAGAGCGUACUUGCUCCAUCUGUGCCCAGCAAAGUGCAGCUGGCAGAGCCAGCCGGUAAAGCCAAGCCAGCAGGAGAGGUGCGUAUUAAAACCUUGGAAGAAAUCAAGCAGGAGAAAGCUCUGCGGAUGCAGCAAAGCGGAGAAGAUGUGCCAGCUCCCCCAGCACAACCUGAACCUGCCCCAACAGUGAGAAGAUUGUUACGGAUCACAAAGCUAACAGCACCUGGAAGAGAAGAAAAGAAGGUAGUGGAAUUGAGCAAGCCUUCUCCCAAAGCUGUCUCUGCUCCUGCAGAGCCCUCUGAUCAGAGCGCAGCUAAUUCUAAAGUUCAAGUGAAGAGCCUUGAAGAGAUAAUGAGGGAGAAGCGGCAACUGAAACGCCGCCAAGAAGAGAAGCUUCAGAAGGAAGUGGCUGUUGUGCCAUCUCCUGUUGAAAAACCAAUCAAGGAUAAAACUCCAGCAUCGGGGAGUCCUGAACCUGCCCUGGUUUCAGGGCCAGCUUAUCAACCCGCAAAGAAGAUAUUGGUGAAAUCUCCAGAAGAUGGGGUCGAAAGCCCAGGAAAGGAUGCUGCUGUGUCACCAGGGAAACAGGCAGCUCAGCUUCUGGAACAGAAAGCUAAAACCAAAUCUAAGGUGUGCCUAAAGCCUUCAGAUGGGAAAGCCACUUCCCCCACAAAGCAGACGCUGAAAUGCAAGGCAGCUGAGAGCCAUCCCUCUGCCGUGGCAGCUGUGAAGCCAUUGAGUGCCACUGGUGGUGACAUGAAGGAGCCUUCAGCUAAAAAAGCAGCUGUGGCCGUUGUUCCUGCUUUGCCAGAGGAGAGCCUGGUCUCCAUACCUGGGAGAGAAAAACCCCAAACCAGUCCUGACCUGAGUAUUGGAAGCCAGGCAGACUCUGUGGCACAGUCAGAAGUCUCAAGCUCGACUUCAGCUUCUUCACAAGCAGCAGUAAAGACACGCCGGUUGAGCUCCACGGGGGCUGGGAAAGCACCCUUAUCUGUGGAAGAUGACUUUGAGAAGCUUAUUUGGGAAAUCUCAGGAGGCAAACUGGAAGCAGAAAUUGACCUGGACCCAGGGAAGGAUGAGGAUGAUCUCCUUCUGGAACUUUCUGAAAUGAUUGACAGCUGA